AGCAUACUUUCAUGGAUAAACAGUUUUGUCAACGUUGCACCACAGCUGUUUACCUCGAAAGGGCUUCCCAGCUUGCUCCCCUGAACUUCUAUUUGUCUAUCUUUCCUAUACUGCCUACCUCUGUGAUGCUAACAGAUGCACUUUGAGUCUAUGUAACUAGGUAUUCACCUGAUAGCUGCUGGGGCUGCACGGAGCUGGAAUCGACAACAUGCAGCAUCCCAGCCAAAGCCUAGGUAGCGUCGGACGGUCCACGGGCCAGCUAUUAAGCACACCAGCUUGGAGCAUCCGCUCACUGCCUGAUCGCGGCGAGCGUGUCAGCUUGUCACAACCGUGCGGUUCCACGCUGUCCACCAGCAGCAAAUGGCUCAACAUCUUUCAAUACUGUCGGUUCCUGCGGAUAUUGGGCCACGUAAUGGUCCUUUUGGUGUUGGGUCUGGUCGGCCUCAUCUACACGGCAGUUGUUCCAAUGACCUACGCACCCAAGCUGCUCAGCAGGAAUCCGCUGGUCAUCGUAGGCAGUGUGGUGGUCAUCCUUAUCUUUACGCUUGUUACCUUCAUGUGCGUGUGGAGCUAUCUAGCAGCAGUGGCCACCGACCCGGGCAGGGUGCCCGUAGGCUGGCACCCCUUCGAGGACGAGCAGCAAGCCCGCACAGAAUUGGAGCGGCUGUCGUACAGCAGCAUCUACUUUGACCGCCGCGACCCGCGGCGCCCUCGCUACUGCAAGCGCUGCCAGGGCUGGAAGCCGGAGCGGGCGCACCACUGCUCCGUGAUGGGGCGCUGCGUGCUGAAGAUGGACCACUGGUGCAUCUGGGUGGUCAACUGUGUGGGGCUUCUCAACUACAAGGCGUUCCUGCUCUUCAUCUUCUACGCGGCGCUGGGCUGCCUGCUAGCCAUGCUGCUGCUGCUGCGGAGCGUGAUAGACUUCUUUAACAACCGGCUGCGGGGGCCCAGCGCACCGCUCAUAUUCGUGGUGAGCAUCUUUUGCUUCGCCUUCAGUAUCAGCCUCGCUGGCUUCCUCAUCAUGCAUGGGCAGCUGCUAGCAGCAAACUGUACGACAAUAGAAAUGUACGAGAAGGACCGGCUGCAUCCCUGGCCGUACAACAAGGGCUUUCGAAGAAACUUCGAGGAAGUGUUUGGACGCACUAAAUUCCGAUGGCUGCUUCCGUACCAUACCAAGGAGGAGAAGCGCCAGAUGCUCGACUCCUGCCUAGCAGGCCUCGCAACGGGCUCCGGUGGUGGCGGCAGCAGUCGCGGGUUAGGGCUGGGGUUGGGCAUGGCGGGUGGGGGCGCGGGGGUGCCGUUGAUGGCUCACCCCUCCACACCCUUCCUGUCCGCCGCCGUAUGACGAUGUUGUGGGUGUGGGUGCUUAUUAUAAGUGAGGCGGUGAAGGCGAGCAAAGACGGCAAAUAGCGCACGGGGAUAGGCUUUGCUUAUGCAUUAGUGGGAGGGAGGAGGUGCAACGGGGCACGGUGUAAUGUUUAUCUGGAAGCCGUGGGGCUGGCCGGUUAAGAUGAAAGCCGUACACGCCUAUUGGCAGGCAGCACAUCUCUGUUUGAUGAUUUGGCGCAGUCCUAAGGAGGAAAGCGCCCUUCAGGGUAGGCUUGGGGCCAUUGCGUGUGCUGAGAAGCCGAGCUGUGAUGGUGUCAUGGACGGGUGCCAUGUGUUUUUCGCCUGGGGGAGACGGUUUAACACGUGCUGGCGAACACAUGGAGAUGACAGUUGCUGGGAUUGACCCAUGGGUCAUCUCACUUUCAGGACUAUAGUGGUGACCGCGCACGAACGCGAGCACGCAGUAGAUGUACCUGUACAUGGUAAACCACUGUUUGGAAAUCGUCAUUCGCCAGGGGAGUCACCAAUGGAUAGGCCUUGGAAAAUACCUUGCGCCAUGUUAGGACAGCUGAAGGGCUUGAGUUGGGGAAUCGUCGGUGUGAGGCGUGCGUGUUGAAAGCAUGAAGAUGGAAGUAUGCAAGGUUACAUGCAGACGUGCACAGUCCCCAGGUAUCCAGCCACCACACUACGUCCUAUUAACGUGCUCUCGGCAUCACAUGAUGAACAAAUUAAGCAACAAACAGGUAAAUGACGGCAGCUUUCGCCCGCCUGGUUAAACAGAG